UUAACCCUUUUGUGAUAAACACAAGCACUAACAACACCACCACUGAAACACCAUUAUGAAAAGCCUCAUCAAAAAAAAAAAAAAAAAAGUGUUGGCACUUCCAAGUUCGGACCCAUAUAUUUUAUCUCUUAUGAGUUCAAAACUUCAUAUUUGCAGAUAGAAUGCUUCUAAAGUUUUGGGAUUGAACGAUUAUUGCAAUUGUACAAAAUUUAUAUUGUAUAAUCUCUGUUAAUUUUCUUGAGAGAACGCAAGAGACACGAACACGCACAUAUAUCGGAUUUGAAGAUGUGGCGCGUGGUUGAUGCGGUGAGAAGGAAUCUUCAGAACAUGAAGAAGAGCUCUAGGGUGGCCGAUGAGAGCAUGUUAGACAGAGGAGGAGAAGGAGGAGGAGAACAUGGUUGGAGCAUUGUGUGUUACAUUCUUCAAGCUCCAAUGUCAAUUCUCUCUUGUGUCUCUCAUCCUCAUGUUAAUAAUGGCUCUCAUCAUGCUGGGGUUUGGGCCUCCGCUGAGAUUGCACAAAUUUCUGAGAUGAAUCAGCUAAUGGGAUUACAGGGCAAGAAUGGCUUAGAGGAUGGAAAGGAAGCAUGCAAAAGUGGAAGGAAUACAAGAAGUUGAAGGAACUGCAAAGUUGUCAGCCUGACCCUCUCUCACUAAAACGACCAUAACUUGAGCUACAGAGGUCCAAAUGAUGCGGUUCCAGUUGCGUUAGAAAGCUAACGUCCGGAGCUUCGAUUUGAUACAUAAUUUGCCAUAAUGGCUGUACCACUAGGCGAUGCGAACGUGUGCCCCACGCGGACGCGUCGCAGUGACGAAAAUCAGCGUGGCUGAUUUCGUCCCCAGCGAUUUUUGGCCUAUUUCCGGCCCAGUUUCAAGCCCAGAGAACACAGAUUAAAGGUUGCAAAGUGGAGGAAUGAAGGGAGAAGACUAAUAAUUCACUUUUCAUAAUUUAGAUGUAGUUUUAGAGAGAGAGGUUCUCUCCUCUCUCUUAGGAUUUAGGAUUAGGAUUCCUCCUAAAGGACUUAGGAAUAUUUUUAUCUUCUUCAAUUACAGGUUCAAUAUUCCUCUUAUUUAUCUUUUCAAUCUAAUUUAUGAACUUUUCCAUGUUAGAUCUGAUUUCCUUUAUUAAUACAAUUUGAGGUA